AUGGAAGGCGUUCAACUACGAGAUGAGGCUGCGCAGGAUCGCGUGCGUGCUGCCAUUGAGUUUCUCGAUCCCAGCGAUGCACGGGCGCGCAGCUACCGAGCGGAUAUUGUGGUGAUGCUGAAUCGAGGAAUACGCCGUCUGACAGUUAGCAUUGACGAGCUUCGAGCGCACAACCGGGAGCUGGCUGAUGGGCUCCUCACCUCCCCUUUUGAAUAUUCAGAGGCUUUUGACCGGGCCUUGAAAGAAGUUGUGAAGACUUUGCCCGGCAGACCCGCCAGGGAAACUUCAGACGAAGUGAACUACUACUGCGCAUACGUUGGUGCGUUCGGAGAAUUUUCCUGCAACCCGCGCACACUGGGAUCUGGGCACUUGAACCGCAUGGUGUCCCUAGAAGGAAUUGUGACGAAAUGCUCCUUGGUCCGACCCAAGGUUAUUCAGAGUGUUCACUACAGCGAGAAGAAGGAUCGUUUCCUGGCUAGAAAGUAUCGGGAUCAGACUAUGACCGCUAGCGGUGCCACGAGCUUGAAUGUCUACCCCCAAGAGGACGAAGACAAGAACCCUCUUAUCACAGAAUACGGUUAUUCGACCUACAUGGAUCACCAGUCGAUCUCGAUCCAAGAAAUGCCUGAGCGGGCUCCGGCAGGACAGCUUCCCCGCAGUGUUGACGUUAUUCUGGAUGAUGACCUAGUCGACAAGGCCAAGCCAGGAGACAGAAUCCAGCUAGUGGGAACUUACCGGUCUCUUGGAAACCGCAAUGCUAGCUCCGGCUCUUCAACAUUCCGUACCAUUGUGAUGGCAAACAAUAUCAUUCAGCUUUCAUCCAAGUCAGGUGGAGGUAUCGCCCAGGCUACCAUCACCGACACCGACAUUCGCAACAUCAACAAGAUUGCUAAGAAGAAGAAUGUCUUUGAGUUGCUAGCGAAGUCUCUGGCACCUAGUAUUCAUGGACACGAUUACAUCAAGAAAGCUAUUUUGCUCAUGCUGCUUGGUGGUAUGGAAAAGAACUUGGAAAAUGGAACUCACUUGCGUGGUGACAUCAAUAUUCUUAUGGUUGGUGAUCCCUCCACAGCCAAGUCUCAGCUCCUUCGCUUUGUGCUCAAUACUGCUCCGUUGGCUAUCGCCACGACUGGUCGUGGUUCAUCCGGUGUCGGUUUGACUGCAGCCGUCACCUCUGACAAGGAGACUGGAGAGCGCCGACUGGAGGCUGGUGCCAUGGUUCUGGGUGAUCGUGGUGUGGUUUGUAUCGAUGAGUUUGACAAGAUGAGCGAUGUCGACCGCGUGGCUAUUCACGAAGUUAUGGAGCAGCAGACCGUCACCAUCGCCAAGGCCGGUAUUCACACAAGUCUGAACGCUCGAUGCAGUGUUCUGGCUGCUGCCAACCCGGUCUAUGGCCAGUAUGACGUCCACAAGGACCCUCACAAGAACAUUGCCUUGCCCGACUCUCUUCUUUCUCGUUUCGAUUUGCUGUUCAUUGUGACAGAUGACAUUGAAGAUUCCAAGGACCGCACUAUUUCAGAGCACGUUCUCCGCAUGCACAGAUAUCGCCAGCCUGGAACUGAAGAAGGUGCUCCUGUUCGCGAGCAGCAACACCAGACUUUGGGUGUUGGGAUUGAAGAUCGCCAAGAUGCCAAUCAGCCCACAGAGGUUUACGAGAAGUUCAAUGUCAUGCUUCACGGCGGCAUGGUCCCAACUGGCCGCAGCCGCAACAAGAAUGUGGAAAUUGUCAGCAUUCCCUUCAUCAAGAAGUAUAUUCAGUACGCCAAAUCUCGAGUCAAGCCUGUCCUGUCCAAGGGCGCUGCCGAUCACAUCAUCGCCGUAUACUCUGCCCUCCGAAACGACGAUCUCUCCAACAACCAGCGCCGUACAUCACCCAUCACCCCCCGUACUCUUGAGACUUUGAUUCGACUGUCGACCGCCCACGCCAAGGCCCGUCUGUCGAACAGAGUCGACGAGAAGGAUGCUAAGCAUGCCGAGGCUAUCCUCCGCUUUGCCAUGUUCAAGGAGUUGCAGGAUGAUGGUCGCCGUAAGCGCCGCAAGGUGCAAACCUUUGAUGAAAAUUCCGACGAAGACAGCGACUCUGAUGAUGACGAUGAUGAGACGCCUUCUCGUGCCCAGACAUCCACUGGCCGAACUACUACCCGGUCUCGUGGCGAAGCUAGCACUGCAGGCAUGGACGAGGACCAGACCCCGCAAACGGCUAGUCCUCGUGCCACUCGCACGCGCACCACCCAACAGACCGAGUCGCAGAUGUCUAUGGCAUCGUCUCAACCCGCCUCACAGCUCGUGGAGUCGCAGACCGACAACUCCCAGUCUACCUCCUCAGCCCACCCCAUCACACCUGCGCGCUACGGAGUCUUCCGCCAGAUCCUGGGCUCUAUCAAUGGCUCUCGUGUCUUCGCCGACGCAGAAGAUUGCGACCUUGGUGAGAUGAUCAAGGAAGUCAACGCAGCCAUUAGCGCAUCGCCUAACUACGGCACUGCGCAUGUUUUCUCACGACCCGAAGCUAUCCAGGCGCUAACGAAGAUGAACGAGGAUAACCUGCUGAUGUACCUCGAGGACGAUGACAGAGUUUACCGAAUUUAG